AUGGACAACCUUUUAGCUACAAUUCACAUGUUCAAAUCUCUUCUGGAUUCUGCAAGAACUAGAGAGAUGUCUCAUAGCUUAGAGGAGACAUCACCUCUCAGUCACACUUCACUAAAGCCUGAAUUGUUCUACAGUUAUAAACGAGUCAUAUCUUCUAGUUUGCAAGAUUUAACUUGUCGAAGGACGGUGAAUAAAAGGUAUUUGAGGAAUAUGCUGUAA